AUGGACCGCUUUCGUCGCAAAUUAGCCCAAUACCGCGAGAAGAAACAGAAAAAGGCAGAAGCGCCACUGAAUCACACGCUUAAUGAACCUAGUGGAAGCAAUCACAAUGUGGAUAAUACUCAAUCAUCGCAACCGCAGCCCGUGAUCGCGGAGACAGCCAGCAGCAGUGUGCAGGCUACAGAAACUUCUAUUCCACACUAUGCAGCAUCGGCACCUGUUGACAUUUUCGACUUUACGAUGGGCAUUCGCGACCAAGAACGGUUCCGAGACCUACUCGUCAAAGGGCUAUUCAAUCGCUUCCCAUAUUCGCCAGUGAAUAAGAAAAAUAAUGAGAUCCGCCUACUGGAACUCGAACCAGGGCUUCGAGAUGACGCACUCAGGUUCAGCUUGCAGGUUGUGUCUCUGGACAAUCCUCCCCCUUAUGAAGCGUUGUCGUAUACAUGGGGCUCGCAAGAAGGGUUAACAAAGCACAUCAUUGACGAACGUGGGCAUUUCGACUUGACAAAGAAUCUGCAAGAAGCACUGCAGCAUCUCCGAUAUGAAACCGAGGCGAGAACGCUAUGGAUCGAUGCUCUUUGUAUCGACCAAGCCAACGAUGCUGAAAAGGCUGAUCAAGUGCAGAGGAUGUUGCAAAUCUAUCGCCACGCAGCAAGGGUGCUUAUUUGGCUUGGCCCAGAAUGUGAUUCCAGCAACGACGGUCUUGACUUGCUGGAACGAAUAGACGCCGGUAAAGUCAACUUUGACGAACACGUUAAUGAUACCAGUAAAGAGAGUGAGCAUGCCUGGUGGGCUUUACUUAAGCUAUUCAAACGUCAAUGGUGGAGCAGAGUCUGGGUCAUUCAAGAAUGUGCUAUCCAUGCGGAGCAUCCCCUCGUGGGGUGUGGGGACCGCUGGUUGCCGUGGAGUGUAUACGCGAACGCGUACAAGGCAAUCCGAGAACAUCGCGAGCGUUCACCACUGGCAAAUGCCAUCGAUGCUUUCUACUUGAGGACUCUGGUCAACAUCCGCGACGCCGUCCAGCGAAACGGAACGACGUUAGAUCUGGGCAACCUCCUCAUCACCACCACCAUCUUUGAUGCAACCGACCCACGUGACAAAGUGUACGCCUUAUACGGUCUCAUUAACGAGGUCCACCAGAAGAAGAUUAUAGUCGACUACACGUUGACUGUCUCAGAGUUGUAUACUAGGGUGGGCGCGGUGCUGCUGGGCAACAAUGUGAAUUUCCUCGGCUACAACACCGCCUCUCCGAACCACGAUCUGCCAUCAUGGGUGCCCGAUUGGACAUUCAAAGGCGAUAGGAACGUCAUGCUUGGCGGCGGUCUGUACAAGGCGGGUGGUGGACCGACCGUACGGCCCGAUGCCGAUGUCGAUACCCGACAGUUACUCGUUCACGCCUCCAGAUUAUGCCGUGUCGGUAUGAUCGACCCUAGCCCCCCAUCGAGGUCACUUACCCGCGCGGAGCUCAUUCGGAAAAUCGAGUCAUUUGAGGAGACGAUGCGAAGGGCGAUUCGGGACUAUCCCGAAAACGAGGCGGUUAGUGUGCUGUUGCCGGUCCUGGACCCUCGCUCCAACGACGGCCUGAUGCGUACGGUCGUCGCUGAUAGCGAUUUUACCGGGCCAGACGUCAAUGACGUGGCCGGUGACACUUCUUCCAAGACUAGACCUGCUCCAAAACAAUUUUGGUAUGCCCUCCAGGUUUUACAAAACAGAAUGAGUGUCCCGGCCGACUACGAGCCACGCCUAGACGGCGAGGAGCGGAAACGGCGGUAUACCGAAAAGUUUGUCUUUAACGCGCAGAGGGCGCUGUCUGGGUCCAGGUUUUUCAUCACUGACUGGGGUUUGAUUGGAAUCAGCCAUCAUUCGGUGCGUGAAGGAGAUUAUGUCAUGAUCGUCUUUGACUUGGACAUGCCGCUCCUCGUAAGGCCUGCGGGCCCAGACACGUUCAAUGUCGUGGGCGUCGCAUAUCUGCACUUGAUGAUGGACGGAGAGGCGCUUAAACUGGAUAUUGUGGAGGGAGCCAGGGAGAUGUUACCAGGUCAGGAAUGCACUGUCUGCCUGGUAUGA